AUGGAAUUGACCUUGAGAGCCAAGGAUAAGCUAGGUUUUGUGGAUGGAAGUUAUGAGGCACCUGUUGUUGGUUCUGCUACUUUUGACAAGUGGAGGAAGGUGGACAGCAUGGUCACCUCUUGGAUCUUGAGUUCUCUAUCAAAGGAGUUGGUGGAUGCUUUCAUUUAUGCACCUUCAUCAAAAGACCUGUGGGAGGAGAUCAAAGAGAGGUUUGGAGAAAGCAAUGGACCUCUCUUGUACAAGCUCAAACGUGAGAUAAGUGAUCUGACCCAAGCAAAUGUAUUAGUUAUGGUGUAUUUCACUAAACUUAAAAAAUUAUGGGAUGAAUUGGCAUGCUUAAAACUCAAAAAAUUAUGGGAUGAAUUGGCAUGCUUAAAACUAUUACCAGUGUGUGAUUGUGGUGCAGCAAAACAAAUAGAUGAGACAAAUAGUGAAGGCAAACUUGUACAAUUUUUAAUGGGGCUGAAUCAAGCUUAUGAGAAUGUCAGAAAUCAGAUCCUACUAAUGGAUCCCUUGCCUAGUGUUAACAAGGCAUACUCUAUGGUGUUAAGGGUGGAAAAGCGAAGGGAAAUUCAUGAUGCUACAACUGAUGAGUUCAAUUCAGUAAUGGCAGUGAAGGGAUAA